AUGAAUGAAAUUAUUCAACUAAAUUUUUCUUCAAGUACUCGAUCAACUCGAUAUAUUUUUCAAUUUAUUAUUCUUAUUCUAUUUAUUUCUAUUCUUACAUUUAUUGGUCAGAAAUGCAAUUCUCUUCGAAUAUUAACUCGUCCGUAUUCACAAUUCUCUCGCUUGAUCGUAUCGAUUGGUAUUAUUGGUCUUAUUCUUGAUGAUUUACUUGCUAUUAAUGGUAUAACACAUGGAAUAUGGUGUUCUAUUCAUCAAAUAUUUCUUCAUUUUUUACUGAUGCUUAUUCUAGCAGGUCGUCUCUUACCUGAUGUCUAUGAAUAUACAAAUCAACAUUAUCAUCAAUACGAUUCUAAUAAAUUAAAAUCUUUUUCCAUACUUAGUUUUCUUAUUUUACUUUGUAUUCAAUCGUUCAUUUCUCUGAAAUGGCUAUGGAAUAAUCAUUACUAUUUAUCAAAUGAUGAAUGGAAUCCACCAGUUUUAUGUCAAAGUUACAUUUGUCCUCAAUUACUUAUAUUCAUUCUUCAUCUAGUCGAUUUAAUAGUUACUAUUCAAUCCAUACGUCAUCCAUUUGUUCUCGAUGACAUUAAUCCCAUGUCAUCAAUAGUAUUUAUCGAUAAGAAAUUCUGUCAACUAAAUAGUAUUCUAAUACGUUCAUUCUAUUUUACGAGCACAUACAUUCUUCGUGUGAUGUUUCUACCCGGGCAAUUUUCAGCUACGUUCUAUAGUGGAAUAUUAAUUAUUGAAUAUCUACUGAAAUAUUUAAUUAUUAUCUACCAUUCAAAUUUAAAAUAUGAAAGUAAUAUUGAUAAUAUGAAUGGAAUGAAUAAUACAGGAUAUUUACGUAUAAAAACUGAUGAUCUUAAUGAUGAUUCACGUUUGCUCAAUAAUAUUGACUGA